AUGGCUAAACUUUUCCUAGUCGGCGGCACCGGGCAUGUUGGGGGUGCUGUCCUGGAUCUACUUUACACGGAGCACCCCCUCUCGACAUUCGAGGUGCUCGUUCGCAGUGAGGACAAAGCAAAGAGACUGAAAGCCAAAUACCCACGAGUUCAUACUGUCAUUGGCGAUCUCGAAGACUAUGCUUUGCUCGAAGCUGGAGCCAAGAAGGCGGAAUUGGUUAUCAAUGCUGCCCCAGACAUUACUCAUGAUGCCGGUAUUGCCGCGAUCUUGAAUGGCCUUGCUAGCAGCGCUCGAGAUCGCAAGGGCUAUUACAUCCACACCAGCGGCGCUUCUUGUAUCUAUGAAGAUCCGGAGCCGGGCAAUGAACCUCGAGUUUGGGACGAUAUCGCGGACAUCGACGAGUUGCUGGCGAUGCGCCCGGACAAGACUCAUGUCGUGACUGAUAACGCCGUGCGCGCCGCCAGCUCCAAGGUGAACGUAGCCAUUGUAUCCCCCCCAGGCGUUGCGGGUGUGAGCCCUUCUAUCGAGCACCCCUUUCCUCUGGCAACUGGUGCUUACAUUUUCACGACACAAGCAUUCGACUCGGGAUUUGAGGUAAACCAUGGAAUCAACCGGAUGGCAGAAGUAGACGUGCUCGAUCUGGCUCGCGCAUACCUCAUCCUUGUGAACAAUGCUGUGGAGGCUCUUCAAAAUGGCACCGACGUCCCACAUGAGCCUGCCGGCUUUCCGCUGUGGGGAAGGGAAGCCUACUAUUGGGUCGUCGGGCAAAUCAUCCAGUUCCACGACCGAAUGUCUGAGAUUGUGCCGUCGCUUCACAAGCUUGGUGUCAUAAGCCGACAAGAAAUCAAGACAAUGUCUCAGCUGGACCUAGUGCGGACCAUCGUCUCGGGAGGCAAGGAAUAUGACCCAGAUGCCCCAUUACCUCCUGCGGACUCGUGGAUGCUUCACCUAGGUGUGGGGCUGAGUUCUCAUAUGUGCGUACGUUCAAGCCGGAUCGAAAAACUCGGCUGGAAACCUGAAAGGCAGUGCGGAGCGAGAGAGUGGGAGUCCAUCUUCACUGGGUACCUGAGUCUUCAAAAGGACCGACAGGGGUUGAAAUAG